ACGGCGACUACGGUGGCAACGUUAAAGCUCAUCUUCGACUUUGCACUUUAGUAGCUUGCAAGUCUCCACCACCGUCGUUCUCGCCAAGAAAAAUUGCUGAAGCGUCCACCGCGAGCUUUCUUAUAGCCUUGCAAUGUAGAGUGACAUGGCUCUGCUCGACGUUAAGUUUACGAAAUUCGACAACCGGCCAUGGGGCUUUCGUCUGGCGGGAGGGAGCGACUUCCCCGAGCCUCUGACUGUCAUUAGGGUAGCAGAGGGAAGUCUGGCAGAGUGUAUGGGCCUGAAAGUUGGCGAUAUAGUCGUAAAACUAAACGAUCGAGAUAUAAGCGACUUGACACAUGGCCAGGCUCACGAGGCGCUAACUUUAGCCGGAAACAAUUAUGUUUUAUCAGUUAAAAGAAGGGAAGAUCCAAGCGCAGCUCUCGAGGGUAUCGAAGAGAAGAUCGAACCGUAUAUGCGCCCUAUUGAACAAAUCUUAUUCGAUUCAAUUGAAGAAACUACUGAAAUUAUAGAAGAGACCAGCGAAACAAUCGAGGCAGAACCUGAAAAGGAGCCUGUUGAAGAAUAUCCAGAAAAACCACGGGACCAAAACAGUGACCCUGUUCCGAACAAAAACCUAACGGAUGAAGAAAUUGCUCAACUGAUACUUGACGAAGAAGAAGUUCUCCGUGUUAAAGAAAAGGGAGUACUAGGGGUUGAUUUCAAAAAGCUUCGACCUCGGGCACCCCUUUUAAAAGAGUCCAAAGUAUUUGCGGAACUACAGCAAGAGGCUAAUACCGAUCCCGUAGAAAUUCAGAAGCAAAACGCUCUUAGCUCGACAUUUUUACAAAGGCCCGAUCGUCCUGUGCCGAAGCCUCGCUUGAAUUCUGUUUCCGAAUCAGAAGCGGAAGUCGAGCCCUACAGAGUCGUGAUAAAAAAGCAGCCUAAAAAAAGCGUGACAGAGAAACUUUUAAAAAAGGGUUUGAUCGACUCGUCGCGUCUGUCGCAAACACCCGAACCAACGCCACCAGCGGAGCAAGCAGAAGAAGCCAAUAAUUCAACGACGCCGGAACCUAAACAACAGGCUGCAGUUUCUGAAACUGAAUCACGCCCUCAAUCGCAAGCUGAAAUAAUUGAAAUUAUUGAUUCUGUAGAAACCGCAGGAGAAGAAAAAGGCGAAACACAAGAAUCAACGGAACAAUCAGAGCCUAAAAUUGAAGAGCCAGUAGAAGAAGAGGUAGACAAAUCAGUAACUCAGGUUUUGCUUCGUCGUCCUUCAAACCCAGAAGUUGACGUUGAGGUGGCGGUCACGAUGGAUCGAGACAAAAUCAAGGAACUUGUUACGACGGAAAUCAGUUUGGAACGGCAGCUAGAGAACGUCCAGAGUCAACUGAUGGCUUUGAAACAGUUGCCAAGCGAAAUCGAAAGGCAUUUGAAAGUCGUCUCGGAGCAGCUUCACAAGAUCAUGGAGCUCAGUGGCGUCGAGCACGACCGAAUAGCCAAGGAAGAAGAAGAGGAGAGGGCUGCAUCGGUCUUAGCAGAACGUGAAAACGAAGAGCAGAACAAAGAGGAUGAAGAGGCACAGAAACAGCUUCAGGAGCAGGAAGAGCAGCGCCAUGAAGACGAGCACAGGACUUAUGAUGUUGAGGACGGAAGGCAAUCGGCGAAUUCGGAAUCCUCGAGUUGGGCGCCCAAUCUCGCAUCUCUCGACGAGGACCUUCUUACCAAUACCGAAUCCAAGGAGCUCGAAAUAUCUGUAAAAAGCGACAAGGACGACGGCUCGAGCGUGAAAAAAUACAUUGUCUCCUACGAGUCCAAAGUUAUUGAAGAGACCAAAGCAGCUAAGCGUUCUAGAGAUCCUAGUCCAGCUGUAUCUCAAAGGAGCUUCGAAGCGGAUCCAAAUAUAGGUUUACACGAUCAACUUGUUCAAGAACUGAAGCACAGGCAAGGGAGAAAGCGAUCGCGCGAACUCUGGCAGCCGCAGGCUAGGCAGCUCGAGCUCACUUACGGCCGGCGCUGGAGAUGUCCCAAUGAUUUCUUCAACGACGAUAUGAUUGCCGAUGUCCUCUCGUCCCAGGCCGAGGUGAUACGGGGCCGAGCCAUGGGGGUGAACUUUAAAAAGUUCGAGAAAGCCAAGGCUCUGCCGAAUUACGAUCACUUGAUGGCUUCGAGCGUCUACAAGAUGAUUCAUAAGAUGGAAGUUGAACCGAAGAAAGGAAUUCCUGCGCGGCCCUCGAGAGUCGUCGCAGCCGAAGAUAUCAUUGAGAGGGUGAAUACGCCUGUAUGCGGCAUGUCCAACAACACGAGUGUCAGGAGUGAUUUCAAUUGAGCGGAGAGCCCCCGGGCAAGACGACCAAAGCCUCUGAAACCGACUUCCGACAGUUCAACAUACUCUUUUUACUAAAAACAAAAUUAGACAAAUUGUUAUACAGCCUUAAAUCAUCGUUGGCUUGAAUCAUAGCUUAUAAAAGUUUAACCAUAAAAUAUUUUAUCUGUCAUUUCAAAUUCAAUUCAUCCGAUAUAAUGUGCAAGUUUUUACUACAUUAUGUUCAUUUUUCGCAUCAUUACUGAAAUGUCAUAGCAAAAAAGUAGCGUAAUAGUCCUAGAAGUAUAAUGUUUCAUAAAACACGGUCAUUCCGAUCCUCUGGAAAGAUGACUUUUCCUAAUGGAAAUAAUUGACCUCUAUUUCUGUGACAAAAAAAUGAGCGUAAUUUUUUCUUUAAUUUUUUGAGCGAUUCACUAUUUUAUAUACACGAA